AUCUGUAAGAUUUACUUCCAAUAAACAAAUCUCGAUUUAACUACAGGUGAUUCUUAACGUGCUCCGAUGUUUCCAAAAACUUUCAUUUAAAUUUAUUUUAUUUAUAAUUUUUUAAUUCAUUGUGUGAAAAAUUAUAUUUGACCUAAUUUUUGUAUACAUAUUCGACGUUGACUUUACAGUCGCAUCUCAAACUGACACUAGCCAAACAAAAAAACAUUUAUACACGCAUCUUCUUUUUUAUGGUAAUUUGUUUAUCUUUCAUGACGUUAAUCAGCGACAUGAUUGGGAAUUGCGCCACUUUGACUACGUCGCAUUUGCGUUUUCAGUCGAGCGGCCGAUACAGCGUAAUUACAACGAGCGCUUAAGUGUAAGGUUCAUUUCCUCACCGGGACGUGUGUUUAUCGUGCGAGUUUUACAAAAAUUGUAUUUCGUUGAUUUUCAUGGCCGUGUCGCGUGCGCCAAAAAAUGCAACGCGAACGUCUCGUCGUCAAGUACGUUCCGGCGAACAAUUGCUUCGCACAGCUGUCGACCACCUGGUUGCGUCGUUCAGAAACUGAGGAGAACGCGAUUGAAGUGUUGCAUAAUGGAAGGGUAUAUUAUCUUUCCUGCGUCCCUCGCGUUAGUGGCAAUGAAACGUUGCACAUCGGUGCGACUUUUGCAAAAAAUUUGCACAUACAAGAGGGCGACGAGGUGUUCGUGUCCUCUCUGAAAAAUGCGCCUUCGUUGAGCAGCGUUCAAAUUGUCCCUCGCACGACUAGCGAUCGUGAACUUUUGGAAUUGCAAAUGGGAAAGGUGCAAUCGAAUCUUUUGAAUCAAGUGAGAAUCGUCGCGAAAGGACAGCCAAUCGUGGCGUGGAUUUCGAAGUUUUCUUCUGUAACUUUUACCGUAGAAGAUACAGAGCCGAAGUUCACAUACGGAUUGCUCAAACAAUUCACGGAGAUGCACGUGCUCGACGCAGCCGAAAAUGCGACGAUAAAAAACGAGAAGUCUAGUGAAAUAAAUAGUUCUUUGAGUCAAAUCUUGUCUUACUUCUCGAAAGGGAAGGAUCGUCGCGAUCCGAAGAACGGUGCCGCGAACUAUGCGUUGUUGCAGAGUUUUCGCGAAAGAAGCGCACCUCAUGUGUUUCGCGUAUAUCCUUUGCCGGAAUUCUCGUCCUUCGAUCAAUUUAACGCUCACGACAUGAUUCUGCGGUGUCCCUAUCACGUAUUGAUUCCGAGGAAGUGUUUACCGAAGGAUGUAACAUCGACGAGUGGACCGACAAUGUGUAAAAUCAGAAAAGUACCAGAGGAUCGGCAACAUGUUAACAUCACCGAUACAAGUUUCUUAAAGGACGAAGGAUCUUCUUCCUUUCCAAAAUCUCCGCAAGAACUUACCGUAAAACUUUACGUUCUUGAAGACAUCUUAGAAAAGUGUUCCGCGACUUUGAACAGAAAUUAUUUCGUUUUGAAUUCGAUUCAUUCUUGCGUGUACGCGUCGGCGAGUAUGAGGAACACUUUGAAGCUGAAAACCGGAAGCAGAGUGAUUUUGCGAACGACGGCAAAGGAAAGCGAAUGGCCGAAACCGUUAUCGGUGAAUAUUUUUCCCUCCGAUCAGUCGGUUACGACAAAGAUGUUCGAAAAUUACGUGAAGUUCCAUUCGAAACACGAAGUGUUAUUGCUCAACUCGUGUUCAACAAUUUUGCUCGACGACGGUAAACGAUGCGUCGUACAAAUGUCACCGUCCGAAUGCGAUUGCGCGAUGAUCGAUGAAACGGAUAUGAAAAACAUUAUUGUUCACAUUCGAUCUGUCUUGCCGAGCGAUUCGGAAAUUUCGGAAAAUUCUUUUAAAACAAGUCUAAAACUGAAGACACUUUCUGUGAGAUAUAUUGAGAAUAUUCUCGAAGACUGCAAGAUUUCGCUCGAUCUCAGUUUAGGUUUGAGACCGACGAACUUCCGAUACGAUCGGGAAAAUAUUCUGAUCUGCGGUAAUCUCGGUUCGGGCAAAACGACUAUCUGCAGGAUGUUAAUCGAGCGCUAUCAAAAGGAGCCGUAUUUUGUGCACACGCAUACGAUCGAUUGCAGAUCGUUGAAAGGUAAGAAAGUUGAAGCGAUGCAGAAGAUCAUCACGUCCGCUAUAAAUGAAUGCGUAUAUUAUCAACCGUCCAUACUGUUUCUGGACGAUUUGGAGAGUAUUACCAAUGCGUCGUUGAACGACGAGGAGAAUACGAUAGAUGCGACGAAUGCUUCCAGAAUUACCGAUAUGCUGCUUACAACUAUCACAGAGUAUCAAAGAUUUCAUUAUAUUUCGAUCGUUGCCACUUGUGUUGGUGUAAACAAAAUAGGUUCGAAAUUGCGACCGGCGAGAGGGGCACAAUUUUUCAGAACAGUUUUGAACGUUCCUAUUCUCGAAAAGGUGGAUAGAAUCGAUAUUUUGCGAUUAACGCUCGAGGACAAGUUACGCGUGCACGGAGACAUGAAUUGGAAUUACUAUGGAAACAAGACUGAGGGCUGGAUGCCUCAGGAUCUCGUCGAUCUGGCGGAGAGAGCAAAAUUUGUCGCGUGGAAGCGUCACGUGGCGGAGAAGUUGAAACCACCAAUUAUCGUGACGGAAGAGGAUGUUAACACGGCGUUAGAAGAUUAUACACCCAUGUCUCUGCAGGGCGUACAGUUGUACAAGAGCGGCGAUCAUUCCUGGUCUGAUAUCGGUGGUUUGGCAGAGACAAAGCGUUCUCUCACGGAAAUUCUACAGUGGCCGCUUAAGUAUCCGGAGAUCUUCAAAAAUGCACCGAUAAAACUUCAGAGUGGCGUAUUGUUAUACGGAAUGCCCGGUACCGGCAAGACAAUGCUCGCCAAAGCGAUCGCCGGUGAAUGUGGCGUAAAUCUGAUCAGUAUUAAGGGUCCGGAAUUGCUCUCAAAAUACAUAGGUGUUAGCGAGGAAUCUGUAAGAAAUGUAUUUGAAAGAGCACGUCGAGCCAAACCAUGUGUACUGUUCUUCGACGAGUUUGAUAGUCUAGCGCCCAGACGUGGACACGAUAGUACCGGAGUCACCGAUCGGGUGGUGAACCAGCUACUAACACAACUUGACGGAGUUGAAGAUCGCGAAGGAGUGGCGGUGGUGGCAGCGUCUUCAAGACCAGACUUGUUGGAUCCGGCUCUAUUGCGACCAGGACGUCUCGACAAGUGUUUGCACUGCCCUUUGCCGAAUGAGAUGGAAAGAGAGGCGAUCUUCGAAGUAUUGUCUCGCGCGCAAAAUAUCGAUACAGCGGAAUUGAAUCUAAAAGAAUUGGCUCAACUUUCUGUUGGAUUUACAGGAGCUGAUAUUAAUGCGGCAGUUACUAUGGCGAGACUGUCAGUAUUUGAACAUGUUUUGCAAACAAAAACUGAUGGCAAGGCCGAGGCAACCGAUGUCAGAGUUACGCAAAUGCAUCUCGUGGAAUCUGUUGAAUCAACGGAGCCGUCUUUGUCCGCCGCGGAAAUAUUAAAAUACAAUAAAAUCUACAAACACUUUCGACUUUCUAAAGAACAUAACUCUUCAGAGGAUGUGGUGAAAAAUCAAAAAGCGACACUGGCUUAACUUCUGGGAAAAUAGUCGUUCGAUUCAAAGUGAAACAUAAUCGAAAACAAGUAAAAUUGAGCCGCGAAUUGGAAGAAAGAUGCGCAAUGCGGGAGAAAAUGCUCGCAGUAGUAAAAGUUGACGAGAACGACGACGACAACUCUGCUUAGCAUAAAAAUGGCCAAUUACCCGACUAACAAGCAACGGUCGAACUACACGAAGAGAGAACCGUUGGGCGACGACGAAGGCGGCUAACUCCGUUAGCGCUUCUCCGCGCCCGUCGAAGAAGAUUAGUUAGCGUAAAUACCGCCGGUUGACGCAUUUUUAUUCCUGAUUACCGCUUCUCGCCGCGCUAAUUCUAUUGGCACAGUCGACAUUCGAAAAACUUGACUUCACACCGGCAACAAAUUGCCGUUCUGCAAAAGAAGGAAGAAACUGAAUUCUAGGCGCACAGGGAUAUGAUGGUGUUCAAGCACAAAGAUAUAAAGAAAAAACAUGUCGCAUUUUGUUUUGUGGAUAAACUAAUCCCGCUCCACACUCUACGAUGAACAUAAGGGGCGACAAUUGAGCAGCGCAGUGAGAAAUUCGAAGAAUAACAAACAAUA